AUGCCGGCCAAACUUGUGAGGAGGCACCAAGUCGACGGUCAAAUGCUUGAAUUCAUCAUGAAUAAUAUACCAGAGAACUCCGGACUAGACUGUUCAUCACCUCGAGUCACAAGUUUAGAGGAGAUCUCUUUGCCUUUAACCAAUGGCCCCAUCUCUGUAUCAUCGUCUGAAGCAUCACCAGAUCCCAAGCAAACCAAGUCUAUCGCAACUUCAGCUAGUUUGGGUGCUUUGUUCGGUGGCAACGGCAUUCGUAAAGACUGCCUCCUAAAUGCUUUAGUCUCGCCUUCAACAAAUAUGCUAACAUUGCCUCUCCAUAAAGUCCAUGACCUGCGUGUAUCCGCGCUUUUGGCUCAAGCUUCAGUUGACACAGCUCACAUCGUUAAGACCGAGGUUCAGACAAAUCAGCUCAAGGAAUUCAAUGGGACUGAGUCUUCUAUCCUUGAUGUUCAUGCGUUGCCCUUGGGGCGUUCUUUUUCUCGCUCGGUCAUAAAGCCUGAGGAUAAUAAGGCAAAUAGAGGGGAUGCAGCCACCACAUUGUCACCCUCUGAGGACUCUAUAAAAUCUCUUAAUCAUCAGCCACCUCAAGCCCACCCUCACCAUCAUCACCGACAUCCAUCAGUAAAGUCAUCCGUUGAGGUGUGUGGGGAUCGGAUUGGCGCCUCAAUCGUUGCCUUUCAAGCUCUAGACAACAAAGAAGCAGUUCUUGUCAACGGACUGACACCGGAUAUUCAUUCUGUCCGUGGACAAACGAUCUUUGCUUGCAUGCAUAAUGGCCAGUCAGAAGACUUGAAUGAAAAUUCAAAGGUUCGUGCUUUCUGUCUCCCGUUUUCUUUUUGUACUACUAUGUAA